UGGUGGCCCGCCUACAGACUCGACUCGGUUCACUUCUACUAAAUCCGUUGAUUAAUCUUUACACCAACUCCAGCAGUGUAUAGUCGCCUAGUAUUUUUGUCGUCGUUUAUCCGACAAGCUAUCCGUCCUUAUCCGGGUUGCGUACAUUAUCCCAAAUGGAUAAUCGAAUUUUAAUAUGGUUUUACUCACUUAUAUCGUUUUCUCAAUGUUAUAACACUAACAAUAAUAAUUAUUAUUUUGAAAACCAUAAAUAUUGUGAUGACUUAUCACCAUAUUACGGUGAUAUAAAUUUAGACCAAAUAUCUGGUAUUUGGUAUGGUGUCGAAAAAAUUCCACAUACGAAGGGGGAGUACAAAAUAGAGCACACAAAUGAAUGCUUCUUCAUCGAUAUCAAGGAACUCUACGUGCAGCCAACUCCACCUACACCGUACCCUCCGUUGACUAACUCACCAUAUUUAAAUAGAGCAUAUGGAUUGCCAGAGCAAUACAGAAUCAGACAUUUUGUUUUGGAGUGGCACGAGGGCUUGUGGCAAGAUGACUAUCACAUAAAGGUCAACACGUCUCAUAAAGGGUUUUGGCCUACAGAUGUUCCGAAUGGAUCUGUCGAUAAAAUAUAUCGAUUUUUUGGUGGCGUAAUACAAGUAUUGAAAGUAUCUCAUAACCAUCUGGUGCUGAACUUCUGCAUGAGGCUCCCACAUUCACAGUUAUAUAGCGUGGUACUUUCUAGAAAUGAGAAUCAGCUCACACCGGAAGAUCUGGCCAGCAUCCAUAACAUCUUCUCCAUUAAAAAUCUCUCAACAUCGUCAUUGAAAAGAGUUUGCGAAAACUCUGCGAUUAGUUUUAAAUCCUCUUUGUAUAUUUUCAUAUUAAUUUUUGUCUCAAUUUGGAGGUCAUUGUAAAAGAUAUUUGUUUAAUAUAUAUGUACCUAAAAAUACUUUUUUAUCAAUACAUAAAUUGGU